GGGUCAGAGGCAGGGGAGAGGCGGAGGAGAGACGGAGAGCCUGAGAGCCCAGCCCUGAACACGGCAACAACACGCACUCACACUCAAACACGCUCGGGGGGGAGCAAAGAGGAUUUUUUCGACGCUGGGGACAUGAUUCGUAGGACUCGCUGAGGCGAAGACCUUCACCUUUUCUCCAAAAACUGAUCCGAAAGGUGGAAAACUGCCGUCGACAUUACCAUUAUUGAAACACACCCUGCCUGAGCGACCCCCCCUCCGCUCCACCCCUUUUUUUUAACACCGCACCCGCUUAGCUACCGAGAUGCACACGGAGACCCGAAAUAAGAAAUGCCAGUCGUCAAGUCCUGAGAAAUCCAACGCUGCCACCUCAGAUCCUGCCGAGGAGAUGCCAUCCAUACAGAUCAAGCCAGAGCCAGAGGAGGUGGAGUGCACAGUGAAGGAGGAACCUGUAGAUGACCGCACUGAGCCGACGGACCUCAAGCUGAAGUCCUCUCCGCCUCCCCUCUGCAUCAUCGACACACACCUGGCCGAUGCAGACCAGACGGAGCCUGUGGACCUGUCACUUAACAAGCCUCGGCCUUCUCUUCCCGUCUCUACCCCCACCGUCGUGCCGAUCAACCCACCGCCAGCGCCCGCCAGCAUCACCACAGGAACAGCUAUCCCGGCAGUGCUGUCACCAGGCUCCAUCCUGGCCUCCACACAGGGUGUGGGCGGUCAGCAGAUUCUGCAUGUUAUCCACACCAUCCCCUCCGUGAACAUGCCCAGCAAAGUGGGCCAGUUGCAGACGAUCCCUGUGGUGGUGCAGUCGCUGCCUGUAGUCUACACCACCAUGCCCACUGACGGCGUGGCCACUGCUGCCAUCACUGUACCCCUCAUAGGAAGCGAUGGACGUUCUGAAGGAUCAGUGCGAAUAAAGCCAGGCUCAACCUCUCCAGUAGAGUACCAGAGUGACAGUGAUGCAGAGAGUGGCACGGAGUCUGGAUCAGCAACCUUCAGAACGCAGAGCAUGGACAACAGUUUAAGCACAGACGUCGACAUCCAGGCAGACCCUGACUCACCUGACAUGAAGAGAAGGCGUGUGCACAUGUGUGAUUACGACGGCUGCAACAAAGUGUACACGAAGAGCUCCCAUCUAAAAGCGCAUCGGAGGAUACACACAGGAGAGAAGCCCUACCAGUGUACGUGGGAGGGCUGCACUUGGCGCUUCGCUCGCUCUGAUGAGCUCACACGGCACUUCCGCAAGCACACGGGCAUCAAGCCCUUCCGUUGCACCGACUGUGACCGCAGCUUCUCUCGCUCAGACCACCUGGCCCUUCACCGGCGGCGCCACGUUAUGAUGUGAGCCCACGCUCCGCCUCUUUCUCUCCUUUCAGCCCCACCUCCCCGCCCUCCCACUCCUCAGGAGAUCCGCCACCCCUGAGAGGGACUGAACUGUGAAGCUAUCCCUCCUUUCCUCAGAUCCGGAUAAUGAACGUGUUAGUCAAAGACGGAGUUGGGAUGGCCAUAAAGGCUUUGGGGCUGCUCUUUCUCAUCAGUACACGCCUGCAGUUGUCUGCUUUUCAAGAAGCCACAGUCCACCCCGUCCACCCCUUGCUAAUUGCCUGAAUUUCUCCCUCUUGGCGCUUGCUUCAAUGCCCAUCGCUCAAGACGAGACUACAGGGAAAUGCACUGCUGUUAACUGAAAGCAUAUGAAGGGGGAAAUGCCUUUCCUUGACCCAUCCUCACCAAGCAGGACAAGACAAUGGAAAGGCCACAAAAAGAGAAAGCAGACAUUUUUUCUGGAGUUUUUCUGACUGGUUUGAUCAUUUUGCGGAGGCAGAGAUGAGUCUUGAAGCUGUCUUCUGGUCAUUUGAUUUGUACCUUUUACCUGAACUUUUUAGUUGUCCUUUGCAUUGGUCGUUGGUAUGUCUGAGUUAGCCUCAGUGUGUAGUUGUGUAUGUAUGUGGCUGAAAGAUUGUGUAGAGGUUUUUUGUUUUUUUUUCUUUUCUAAAGUCUAAAGACCGUUCAAAGCAUGUCCUGCCCUGUUUGCUGUCAUUAAAUGAACAAAUGUGUAGGGGGUGUUUGCUGUUCUGUCUUUAUCAACCACCCACCCAAACCGCCUCAGAGGUAGAGACAGGGAGCUAACAACAAGACUGUGAAUCUUUUUUAUAGAGUUUCCGUUUUCUUCAUCGUAUCAAUUGCAACUGUAGCCUGGCUAAUAAGCCAUACUGUUGUGCUGUAGCAGCAUGCUACAUAGACCAAACAGUCUGGGGGCUCGCUCUGAAGUUAUUUAGUACAAGGCGCAGUUAAAGAAGGGCCUGGGAAUUUUCUGCUGAACGCGUAACGUAGUUUUUAAAUCUUUAAAAACUUGGUUUUUCAGAUUGGCUAAUUAUUUUGGUCAUUCAGUGCUAUGUUUGUUUUCUGAAAGAUUAAGGCCUCAUCCCAUGCAAAUAAGCAAAAUAUGUACAGUGAGAGGAAAAUGAAGUUCCUGAACAUAUUCUCUCAGUGUAUUAACUGUUGAGUUUUCACAACUGAAAAUCUCCCACAAAAAUAUUUGGCAUGAUAACAGUAUUCAAAAUCUUUUAUUUAAUGUUUCAUUAUUUUUUCCUGAAAGAUUUGGUAUCUAAUAUAAUUAACAUUAUUUGAUGGAUGUACUUUAUCUAACCUUGUUUUAUGAGGCUGUGAAAAAUGUUCAGUUACAAAGGUGAUGCUCACAGGGAACGAGGGGGGCUCAAUAAGUUUCCGUGUGCUUGCGUGUGUGUGUGCGUGUGUAUGUGUGUUUGUGCGUGUUUUUAAAGAAGACAUAAUCAGAGUUUUAAUAGUAGAGUUGUGUAGGCACAUAUUGUUACUUCUAGCCCGUCAGAGCCUUAAUUGAAGUAAAUGUGCAACUUGGCUUUGCACAUUUGGUUUUCGGAGUUCCUCAGGGUUCUAGGUUGGGACCCCUAGUAAAGUGAGGCACCCUUAAAAACCACAUUUGCACCUAGAUAGAGAGUAAUCAUGUCUUAAAUUAAACAGUUUUAGCUCCUGCCCUGGGUUCACUUGAUUAUGCAAAACUACUCAGACGUUACCCCGAUCACUGUCCAUGCUGUUCUGAUGGGGGUCAUUUAAAAUGUUGAGCACAGUCCUUGCCGAUCAGUUGAGAGAGGGUGUUUUUCGACCUUGACUGUAUCCCCUCGUGCUAGCACUCAUAGCCAUGGUCAUAAUUUCAACUGCUAGCAGUUUAUGAAGAGUGUGUUAUGCCUUUUUCAGAAGCUAUAAAACAACACUUGUUCGAUUCCAGCCUUCAAGAGUUGACUGCAUGUCUUCAAAAAGUGGCACGAUCUUUGGUCCAGAGAGCAAUGCAAUCUUCAGACUUUCUAUCAUUCUCUUGCUUCAACUCUAAAAUGUUACUAAGCACAUCUUUGUAGAAAAGUAUAUGCAUUUAAUUGCGAUCCUUUCUUUUUUUAAAACUGUUCAUAGGCAUACAGACAAUUAUGAAUAAUUAAAGAAAAAAUGUACAUACUGUAUAUAAUCAAAGUUCUGAAUAAAUGUAACGGGUGGAUUUCUAUUUUUAACACUGACUAGACAAUGUGAAAUAUUAUUUCUUUUCCCUUUGUUGGUUCUAUGAUGUGUUCUCUUUUUUUGUUUUUUUGUUUUUUUAAGAAAAAAAUCCUUUCUUAAAGAAUCUCCUGAGUUUCCUGAUGUGUUGUACUCCUGUGUUGCAUGGAGAGUCUGAUUUUCUUUGUGAAGUUGGUGAGCAUGUUGGUGUGUUGGUGCCCUGACAAACGUGGCCUGUAAGCACUGAUAAUCCAUGACCACCUGUAUGACAUAACUUGGUGAGUGUGCGAGUAAAGCCCUUCCUUGCACGUACCUGACUUCAAACAUACAUUCUCUGGAUGCACACAGUAAAAAGAUACACAUUAUGAAUGAUCAAUCACCCUCAAUUCAGAAAAGAGAAACCUUUGAACGAAUGAAGUGAAGUGCAUUGUCUGACUUCAGUACCACAGAAAUGCCCUCAAUACACCAACCUGAGUGGUUGACUUUUAGUCUAAAUUGGUCAUUAAUGCCACAAAUUUCCAUUGGCCAAUAUUUAAUGUGUAGAAUUUACAUCCCACAAUUUGCUGACAUCCACAUCUUUCCUAGCAUGUUUACCCAUUUUCACUUUUGACUGAUUAGUUAAGGAAAAAGUUUAAAAAGAUUCUAUAUAUACAUAUAUAUGGGGGUUUGUGUGAGUGUAUGUGUGCAAGUGUGCUUAUCAUAAAUCAAACUCCUCAAAAAAAAAAAAAAAAAUCAAAAUGAUAGGUAUUUUAUAUUGAAUGCAGUAACUUAUGGGCCAGUACUAUAUUACUCAGUGCAAUGCAGUUAUCAUUAUAAUAAUACAAGUAAUUAAUGUUAUUUCUUUUGUAUUUGUACAGAACAAAUGUGUAAAGAUCAGUGAGGCAAACACAAGCUUUUUGAUACUGUGAGAAAUGGUGUUAAAAGUCAGUUUCCCCUGUACAGUUGUGAUUACCCACUCCUUUUAUAGAAUAAAAUGUUUUUGGUGCA